AUGUCUAAACCAGACGAGGCCAGAGAACUAAGUCUUCUAUCAAAACUCGAGCUUAGAAUUGCCCUCGCAGACAGCGAUUCCAAGUUACAGUCUCUUCUCCAGACAUAUCUUGGUCCCCUCCUCCUAAAACUAGCUUCAGAAAGUCUUGCAGUGCGCAACAAAGUCAUUUCUAUCUGUCAGCAUAUUAACACACGAAUCCGGCCAGCAUCUAUCACUCUGCCUAUCGCAGCUCUUCUGAAACAGUUUAAAGAUGUUAAUGCACCGCUGGUGAGACAUUUCGAUCUUAUUUAUAUCAAGCAGGGUCUUGAUCGGAUUCCCGCCAAUGAGCGUAUCGAUCUCAUACCAGAUCUGAUCCAGGGCAUUGCCAGGGUAGGAGGUUCCGUUUCAGCUUCAUCACAAGGCUCCAUCGUGUUCAAUAUCCUGCUGAGAUUGCUACCUUUAUUGAAGCUGCCACGAAGAGGUAGCGAAGAAGAUCUAGCACUGAGAACAAAACUAGGUAUCUCGAAUGAAGACGCUGCAUUCUUGGCAAAAUGGUUUUCUAAAAUCCUUCUUUUCUUACCCGGUAAAAAGGAUGCGACGAAAUGUCCCGGCCUUACUCCUUCGGAGUACAGAUUUGUGAACAGAGAUUCACCGCCUGAUGAGACUUGGAAUCCGUCGGCAGCUGGUGGUCUUAACUUGAUCGAAACAAAGGUUUCUCUCGCAAAGUUUUUGGCCAGCGGGGCUUUUACCGAUUCUGAGCGCUUUAUCGGUGCUGUCAUUGCCUCUGCUGACCCAAAUAGUCGUCUUUCAGAUGUUGGGGAAGAUAUACUCAAACGUUUCCGUCCAGAUUUGGAAAACGCGGAAGUUGUGGAUGAACUAUUUACACUUUACCUUGGAACUAAAGGGCCGGAAGGGGCCCCACCAGCACGACCAGCGCUACAAGCUAAAAUUCUCGGAUUUCUAAGUAAAUCAGUAAAAGCCACCGCCGAACCUGAGCGGAUUAAUCAGCUGCUUGAUGAAGGCCUCUUGUCGAAUGAUGAAACGGCUGCCAAGGGUCUUGAAGCGUCGAAGCUCCGAAACCAGAUAUUUUCUUUUGUGACGUGGAUAGCACGUAUGGGUUCUUCCGCGGAUUUAAAUGUCGUCGCACCUCGUGCCAUUCAAGGCUUAAGAGAAUUUGUUUCCUACCAGGGAUGGCCCGAUCCUCGCGCUAGCGCACAGAGCCUGAGCUCUGCUGAACUUAGUCUUCGAAGUCUUGCGUAUGAAACCAUUGGCGUGCUAGCCCCGAAAAUUGACCGAACUUCCCAGGAUGAUGAGGACCGGGUGUUUGAUCUUGAUCUGCUCCGGUGGCUAUUCACGUCCCUGAGCUCUGACACUUCAAGUGGUCAGAUAUUCGUGAGUAUCGAACAAGCUCUGGGGAGUAUCCUCAACUCUAUCGCAAAUCAUGCAGAUGAAUAUCUUCAAAAUGAAAUCCGUCCCCUUUUAAUCCACCAUAUGAACGCCGAACCCGACACGGAAGACCGCGAUACAGGGUUCCGUAUUGUCCGAAGUACGAGAUUUGCUGCUGUGCGAUUUGCAAAUCGGUGCUUGCCGUACUGGGAUGUGCAGGCUCGCUGGAUAGAUCUUAUGGCUAUUGGUGGGGAGUCUAGCGGGAGAUCUGAAAUCAUAGAAGAAGGCCAGAGAGGUCUGGACCCAUACUGGUAUAGGAUGCUUAAUCCCCUUAAGGAGGGAAGUUGGGUAGCUUCGACCGUCAUGGGACCUGAUGUUCCCCCUAGAUAUCGGUUUCCUCGGUUUACAGAAUUAGUACUCUCUCUAUUCAACGAUCCGAGUAGCGAUGAUAUUGAGAUGAAUGAUGGAAAAGUUUCUAUUCCCAUGCGAUUUUCCGACACCUACAUAACCUCGUUUGCACCAGCUAUUGCUUUUAUUCGCAAUAUUCUCCUUUGCGAAUCCCAUCAAUAUGCUGGCUCUCCCCUGAGUGUCGAACCGGAUUGGGAACACCGCCUUGAUGUGGCUAUCUCAACAAAGGAAGAUUCAAGGGCGAGCCUUAAGGCUUAUCUUGAACAAUGCGAUCGUGCGCCAACUUUUGAGUUCUUAAAGGCCUCUCUAGCCGGUCUCCUCUGGAAGCAUGGUCAAGGGUUAGGCCGCUGUGGUAUUCAUUUUGUUGAAAUUUGCGCGCUCGCAUCUGACAACCUUCUGGCUCCUCUCGCCAUUCACGCGUCAUCCCUUAAAGAUCCUAUACUGUCAAAUAACCUUGCGAACCAGGACAUAGCAGCACAGGCAUUAGGCAUCUUAGCAUCUCACGUGGAUUAUCCUCCUCCCCAGUUGCAACAAUUGUUUGAAUCUUUUGUCGUUUUGAUUGAGGGUUGGAAAACUGCGGUCGGUCAAGGCAUUAAUCAGUGCCGAGAUUCUAUAUCCGAAAACCGGAUCCAAAGGCUUGUAGAUAUCACGUUUGAUAUGUUGGACAAUUCUAGAGAUCUCGCACUCAAGGAGGCUGCUCAGGUGUCGAUUGGGCAACUGAGUCUCGCAUCUAUUUUACGCCCCACAUCGUUCCCUGGGGAGAAUAUAGAUGAGCCUGUGAAUAAAGUGAUAAGAAAGCUAUUGGAAGAAGCGAAAAAAGAAAAAGAAACGGCGAUAUUGGCUUUAGGACGUCUCUCUCUGGUACUUCCCAAGGACGUCAGCGAAGGCUCCCCGUUCAGAUAUUUACUCAAAUCUCUGUAUGAUCUCCAUGAAAUUAGGAGGCCAGAGGUCCAAUUUUCUGUAGGAGAGGGGUUGUGUACAGUGGCAGUUGGAUGGUUGUCGAAGUCGUUAAUUACAAUGUUUGACGUAGACGCUGCCUGGCCGAAAUCAGAUAUACCCUCGCAUAUUCUUUCGGAAAUGCUUGACAAAAUCAUUGUCGAUUGCAAGGCCUCGAAGCCAUCGCUAAGAAAGGCGUCUGUCAUCUGGCUUCUCUGCUUAAUCCAAUAUUGUGGAAGCUUUUCGGAGGUGCAAAACCGCCUGAGGAAAUGCCAAGCUACUUUUGUAUGGCUCCUAUCAGACAGAGAUGAAGUUGUGCAGGAGACAGGUUCUAGGGGUUUGAGUUUGGUAUACGAGAUGGGCAACCAGGAACUCAAAGAUGAUUUGGUGCGCGAUCUUGUUCGAUCUUUUACAAUGGAAGGCUCCAAUCUCGGGGGCGGGAAAAUUUCCACAGAUACAGAACUUUUUGAGCCCGGCGCCCUACCGACAGGCGAGGGAUCUGUCACCACUUACAAGGAUAUUGUUGGACUAGCAUCUGAAGUAGGAGACCCGAGUCUCGUUUAUCGCUUCAUGUCACUUGCUUCAAAUAACGCUAUUUGGUCAAGCCGUGCAGCCUUCGGCAGAUUCGGAUUAAGCAACGUGCUGUCCGACUCAAGCGUCAAUGGAUACCUCGCGCAAAAUCCUAAGCUUUAUCCCAAAUUGUAUCGGUACAGAUUCGACCCCAACUCGAAUGUGCAGCGCUCAAUGAAUGACAUUUGGAACGCCCUGGUUAAAGAUUCGAACGCCGUAAUCGAGUCAAAUUUUGACGCGAUCAUGGAUGACCUGCUCAAAAGUAUUAUGACGGGCAAAGAGUGGAGAGUGCGCCAGGCGAGCUGUGCGGCAAUAGCUGACCUUAUCCAAGGGCGACCUAUUGAGAAGUACGACAAAUAUCUUAGCGAUAUCCUUACCAAAGCGUUCAAGGUUCUAGAUGAUAUUAAGGCCUCUGUCCGCCAAGCAGCGCUUAGACUAUGUCAAGUCCUCACAAACAUUGUUAUCCGAACCUUAGAGUCAGGAGAUUCCGAUUCGAAAAGAGCCAAGGUCAUGUUAAACCAUAUCAUUCCCUUUCUGCUUAGUCAUGAGGGCAUGGAGUCUGCUGCGGAAGAAGUGCAAGGUUAUGCGAUUGCAACUCUAACGAAGAUCAUUAAGAAAAGCCCCGGGAAAACACUCCGCCAGUUUGUGCCUCAGAUAUUAGAGAGAUUUCUUUCUUCUUUGAGCUCGCUUGAGCCACAAGCUGUCAAUUACAUCCACCUCAACGCCGACAAAUACGGCUUGACCGGGCAAGACAUCGAUAAAAUGAGAUUGUCGGCAAUUCGAACAUCUCCAAUGAUGGAGGCUAUAGAACUCUAUCUUCUCGAGUCUCUAGAUGAUGUAGCCAUGAAGGAAGUUGCAAAUAAACUGGAAGACGUUCUGCGAUCAGCAAUCGGCCUUCCUUCAAAAGUUGGCGUCAGUCGUGUCCUGGUUAUUCUCAGUUCCAAAACUUUUCUCUUCCGCCCCCAUGCUGAUCGUUUCGUUCAACUCAUGCGCAAAUAUGUGCUUGACAGGAACGAUACAAUCAGCGCUGCAUACAGCUCAUCGACAGGUUAUCUCAUGCGAUUGGCAUCAGAUGACCAGAUGCUGAAAACAAUCGAGUUUGCAAAAUCGCUCUAUUUUGGUUGCGAAGACACAUCUCACCGUGUCAUCUCAGGGGAGAUCUUAAGCUCCAUUUCUAAGCUUGCAAACGACCGUGUUGCGGCAUUUUCGGCAGCUUUUCUUCCUUUCAUCUUCGUGGCAAUGCAUGAUACAGAAGCGCAGGUUGCGGAGCUGUUUUCAAAAACAUGGAAUAAUAAUGUCAGCGGUUCUCGCGCUGUAUCAUUGUAUCUUCAGGAAAUACUUGAUAUUGUGUCCAUCCAUCUAGACUCACCACGGUGGGCUAUUAAACAUACUGCCGCCCUUGCAACCGCAAAGGUGGCUUCGUCGUUAGAUGACAACAUUGAUCUUGGCACAGCAGAGCGCAUUUGGCCAAUUAUCGAGAAGGCGGUUUCAGGGAAGACUUGGGAAGGAAAAGAAAUGGUACUGGAAGGAUUUGUCAAAUUUUCUCUCAAGUCAAAAGCUCUCUGGGCGCAAAAUAGCGAAAUCCGCGAGCAAACAAAGGUUAUUGUAGUGAGAGAAGCUAAGCGAAACAAUUCUGCAUAUAGACCUCAUGCGCUCAGGUCUCUUGGUGAAUUUGCCAAGGAUCGAGAUGAUUUAGAUCUCAUGCCUGAUACUCUGAAAAUUGUUUCUCAAGUGGUUGGGGAUCUAGUUGAUGACACGCAAGACAAAAUGGAGGUAGAUGCAGAAGCAGGUGGCAAGGCUUCAAAGGUUGAAGAACAAACUCUUGCAGCUGGUGUGGAGUGCAUUUUCAACUGCGUUAAUUCCACUAUUUCCUUACCAGUACUGGCCGAUCAUAUAUCUCAAAUAACCCCUGUCAUCGACAAGGCUAUCACAUACGGUGAAGUUUCAAAACCCGAUUCUAAACUGCCCAAUGGAAAAUCAACUACUGAGUUCCGGACUGCAUUACUCUCUCUCGCCGACCAACUUUUGUUUCGGGACCUCAAUCUGUCCGUGGAAAACACGAGGCACAGUCGUGCUCAAGCCGCACUUGCAUACAUACAAAUCUGCAACGGAAUCGAAAUUAAAAUUGCUGACGAACAGCGCCAACAAGUUGAAGAGUGGCUAGCAACGGAGCGAUCCAGGCAGGUGCAAGUGGCCCUGCGACAAGUAUUGGAGAAGAUCUCCUAA